UACCAUAAAACAUCUGAUGACAAUCGGUUUAUUUGAUGUUACAGGUUACCAAAAAUGACUGCAGUGUAGAUUACGAUUUCGCUCAUAAAUGCGGAAGUAAUUGUUUUUUAAUAUAGGCGGUCUUGCGUCUCCACGUUUGACGAUUGCCCAACAUCAUCCCAACACCGAGAACGCGCAGAUCUGAACUGAAAGCCUAAUUUGACAAAUAUAUCACGUAACUGAGUAUAUAGGCCUAUCACGUAACCUUGAGUCAAGGCUUUGUGUAGCCUGCAUUAGGUCUAAAUAGCCUAGAUAUGUCUAACGUGCUUCGUAGUAUUUACUCGAACGUUCCACCAGAGAAAAGGCGUGUUCGUCUUAAUGCAGAUCUGACUUGAUGUGAUGCAUGCUGGGUUGAACACAAAGGAGACGAAGACGGGCUCUGGUUGGUUCCACCAGAGAAUGUCUGGUUCCACCGAGACUGAGGGGUACACUUACCACUUCCGGGAGUUCUCACAACGCGAUUUAUCAGUGCAAUGGCGCCUCACUGCUGUGUUCCCCAAUGCACUUCAUCACACAGGAAAAAAUCUUACAGAGGACAAACGUUUCACCGUUUCCCCAAAGAUCAGGGACUACGUCGACAAUGGAUAAUAAACAUCAGAAGGGACCCUGGUCGUAACUUUAAGAUAAACACAUACACAAAAGUGUGCUCGGAGCAUUUCCUCCCAGACUGCCUUGUGAAAAGCAGGACUGGCAUCACCAAGUUGAAACCAGGAGCUGUGCCAACAGUGUUUGCAUGGAGUUCUGUCAGACCAGAGGGGAGGAGUGUUGUUAGAACUGCAAGUAAUGUUUCCACGGAUCUCGAUGAUCGACAUGGUGUGAAUGUGUUGAGUGAAGAGAUACCCCCUCCGCACCCAGACCAUGAAUAUGCUGCACUGCCUCCCUCACUUCAAGAUCAACUUGAGGAAGCCCGCAAGACCAUCGGUGAUCAAGAACUUUUAAUUUUAGAUCUUAAACAAAAACAGUUUUUGAUUUCAAAUUUUCAAGGUGACGAUAAACAGAUUUCAUUUUAUACAGGGUUCCCAGAUUAUGAAACAUUUAAAGCUGUGUUUAUGGCCCUGCAACCUACUGCAGAAAAUAUGGUGGGUUGGAGUCAGGCUCAGCGACUUAAACAUACAAGUGGGGAGGUACUUCGUCAAGGCUUUAGCGCCUCUAAAUUGUCCACUAUGGACCAGUUUUUUCUUUUUCUUUGUAGGUUGAGGCAGGGAUUUCCUGAGCAGGAUCUUGCAACCCGUUUCCAUGUAUCACAGUCAACAGUAAGCAGGGUCUGUGUGACCUGGGUCAAUUUUUUGUACUUUAUGUUGGGAUCACUUCCAAUGUGGCCUUCAAGGAAAACUGUGGAUGAACUUAUGCCAGAUUGUUUUAAAUGCACGUUCCCGGCUACUAGAGUUAUAUUAGAUUGCACAGAAAUUCAUGUACAGAAACUUAGCUCCAAGGUCCUUAACUCAGCGAUUCAUUCACACUACAAAGGUAACACCAAAUUUAAGGGCCUAAUAGGCAUUGCCCCCUCAGGUGAAGUGACUUUUGUCAGUGAAUUAUAUACAGGUUCAAUAUCUGACAAAGAAAUUACCAAAAAAUCAGGUAUCCUUUCUGUUCUCGAAGAAGGAGAUAUGGUAAUGGCCGAUAAAGGCUUUCUCAUCAAGGACCUUCUCUCUGAAAGACAGGUCUCCCUUGUAAUCCCUCCUUUUUUAGGCCCAAGUGGACACUUCACUGCAGACGAAGUUCGAAAGACUCAAGCGAUAGCAAGACUGCGAAUUCAUGUAGAGCGCGCUAUUAGGCGGAUUAAAGAGUACCAUAUUUUGGAUAAAGUCUUACCCAUGACACUGGUGGGCUCUGUUAACCAACUGUGGUCCGUCUGUGCCCUUUUAACUAAUUUUCAAGGUCCUCUCUUUUAAAAUUGUAAUGUUAAUGUAAAUAUCUACCAAUGUUAUGUAAAUUGAAAUCUUAAUAUCCACAAAUGUAUUCAAACCUUGAAUAAAAAGGGUUCAUCUUUACGAAUCUGUACAAAACCUUAACCAUCAUUAUUGUGGAAAAGUCAUGGUAAAACUUGCCAGAACAAAAACCAGCCAGAAGAUAACAGGAAUGAGGGAGGGCAGGGGAGUUGGAUGAGGUUUGUUAAAUUUUAAACUGAUUAAGGAAGUUUUGUUUUGUAAUUGUUCAAUAAAACCACUUGUUAUGGA